AUGACUGGCUUGCAGAGGGUCAGCUGCGAUUCGGCGGUCAAGAAGGAUGAGCCUGACAAGUCGAAGCUGCAGUACAGUGAAGAGCACACAAAAUGUGGUAGUGGAAAAACCCUUGCAACCCAUGAAAUCGGAGACUCGGAGUUGGGGGAGAUAGAUAUUUGCAGUCGGGAAGAAGAUAUUCAUCAUCUUGGAUCGGCCAACAAAACCCAGCCGGAUAUAGGAAUCGGCCAUCAUGCCCUAUUCAGAAGAAGAAGAAGAGGAGGAGAAAAAGAGAUACGCGACAGAGCUUACCCGGCCAAGCACGCCUCAACACUUAUAGCAGUGGUAGGAACACGUUGCAUCAUAAAGGGGAUUCACACCACAUAUCAACCUCCGCUGGCUCGAUGGGAUAAAGGAAGUGAUUGGUUUAGGAAAUCGGUCACCUCGCUCGGCCAUCCCGAUCUCCCGGCGGCCGGUUCCCCGGUUGAGCCCUGA